GACGCCUGCGUCAGCAAAGAGCGGAGCUGGGGGCACCGGGUUUGAAGUCGUGUGGGUCGGCGGACUGCCUCUUCGGCUGUGUCAGACCCCCUGCUCCCGGGCGGCGGCGAGGACGAGUUCGGGUUGGUGGCGGGGCAGAUGCCCCAGGGCCCGUGCCGGGACGCCCCGCGCCGCACCGGCCGCUCCCCUUUGCCCCACGUCCUGGGCCUGCGUCGGUCUAGUGUCUGGAAACUAGCGCCUCAGCGGCGCGGCGCCUGGCUCGCGGGGAACCUCGAACCGCCGGCGCCCGGUCAUGGCGGUCUCCAGGUAUUGAUAUACUUACGGAGUACAAAUUGGGAUACUCGGAUAGCAGCAGGACAAGCUGUGGAAGCUAUAGUGAAAAACGUACCUGAGUGGAAUCCAGUGCCAAGAACCAAACAAGAGUCUACUUCAGAAAAUGCUUUGGAAGAUUCAUCUACUACAGAUCGAUUGAAUUUUGACAGAUUUGAUAUAUGUAGAUUGUUACAACAUGGGGCAUCACUAUUGGGAUCUGCUGGUGCAGAAUUUGAAGUACAGGAUGAAAAAUCAGGUGAAGUGGAUCCUAAAGAAAGGAUAGCACGCCAACGAAAACUAUUACAGAAGAAACUUGGCCUUAACAUGGGAGAAGCCAUUGGAAUGAGUACUGAAGAACUCUUCAAUGAUGAAGAUUUGGAUUAUACCCCAACCUCAGCAGCCCUUGUAAACAAACAACCUACUCUCCAGGCAGCUGAAUUGAUUGACUCAGAAUUUCGAGCCGGAAUGAGCAAUAGGCAAAAGAACAAAGCUAAAAGAAUGGCCAAGUUAUUUGCAAAACAGAGAUCCAGGGAUGCAGUGGAAACUAAUGAGAAGAGUAACGAUAGCACCGAUGGAGAACCAGAAGAAAAGAGACGAAAAAUAGCAAAUGUGGUUAUUAAUCAGUCUGCAAAUGAUUCCAAAGUUUUGAUUGAUAAUAAUCCAGAUAAUUCUUCCUUAAUUGAAGAGACAAAUGAAUGGCCUUUGGAAAGCUUUUGUGAAGAACUUUGCAAUGACCUUUUUAAUCCCUCUUGGGAGGUUCGACACGGUGCAGGCACUGGGCUUAGGGAAAUCCUUAAAGCUCAUGGAAAAAGCGGUGGUAAAAUGGGAGACAGUACUUUAGAAGAGAUGAUUCAGCAGCAUCAAGAAUGGUUGGAAGACUUGGUUAUUAGACUCCUUUGUGUUUUUGCAUUAGACAGAUUUGGAGACUUUGUUUCCGAUGAAGUUGUGGCACCAGUUCGUGAAACUUGUGCUCAAACAUUAGGUGUGGUGUUAAAACACAUGAAUGAAACAGGAGUUCAUAAGACUGUGGAUGUGCUGCUUAAAUUGCUUACACAAGAACAGUGGGAAGUUAGACAUGGUGGUCUGCUAGGAAUAAAAUAUGCUUUGGCAGUUCGUCAGGACGUAAUCGAUACUUUAUUGCCUAAAGUUUUAAGUAAAAUAAUUGAAGGACUCCAGGACCUUGAUGAUGAUGUCAGAGCUGUUGCUGCAGCAUCAUUAGUACCUGUGGUAGAAAGCCUUGUGUAUCUUCAGACACAGAAGGUACCCUUCAUUAUAAACACAUUAUGGGAUGCUCUUCUGGAACUAGAUGAUCUAACAGCUUCAACAAAUAGUAUUAUGACUCUUCUUUCAUCCCUGUUAACUUAUCCUCAGGUCCAACAGUGCAGUAUUCAGCAGUCACUCACAGUUUUAGUUCCACGUGUCUGGCCUUUUUUGCAUCACACUAUAUCAUCAGUUCGAAGAGCAGCAUUGGAAACUCUGUUUACAUUAUUAUCAACACAGGACCAGAAUUCUUCAUCUUGGCUUAUACCUAUUCUGCCUGAUAUGCUGCGACACAUUUUUCAGUUUUGUGUUUUAGAAAGUAGCCAGGAAAUUCUGGACCUCAUUCACAAGGUUUGGAUGGAAUUGCUGAGCAAGGCUUCAGUUCAGUAUGUAGUAGCAGCUGCUUGUCCGUGGAUGGGUGCAUGGCUUUGCUUAAUGAUGCAGCCUUCACAUUUACCUAUUGAUUUAAAUAUGUUGCUGGAAGUAAAGGCUAGAACCAAGGAGAAAACAGGUGGUAAGAUACGCCAAAGCCAAAGCCAGAGUAAAGAAGUACUGCAGGAAUACAUUGCAGGCGCAGACACCAUCAUGGAAGACCCUGCCACCAGGGACUUUGUGGUCAUGCGAGCCAGAAUGAUGGCAGCCAAAUUGUUAGGAGCACUUUGUUGCUGUAUUUGUGAUCCAAGUGUAAAUGUCGUAACCCAAGAAAUUAAACCAGCUGAAUCCCUUGGCCAGUUACUACUCUUCCAUUUGAACUCCAAAUCUGCCUUACAGAGAAUUAGUGUUGCUUUGGUAAUCUGUGAAUGGGCUGCUUUACAAAAGGAGUGUAAAGCUGUUACGCUAGCUGUGCAGCCACGUUUACUUGAUAUCCUUUCAGAACAUUUAUAUUAUGAUGAAAUUGCCGUCCCAUUCACACGAAUGCAGAAUGAAUGUAAACAGCUUAUUUCAUCAUUAGCUGAUGCACAUAUUGAAGUUGGUAGUAGAAUAAACAACAAUGUUUUUACAAUAGAUCAAGCUAAUGACCUGGUCACUACUGUUUUUAAUGAAGUCACAUCGUCUUUUGAAUUAAAUCUUCAAGUGUCACAGCAGUUAGAUAGUAAACGACAGCAGGUCCAAAUGACAAUUACAGAGACCAACCAGGAGUGGCAAGUGUUGCAGUUGAGAGUGCAUACUUUUGCUGCAUGUGCAGUUGUGAGCUUGCAGCAGCUUCCAGAGAAACUAAAUCCUAUCAUAAAACCUUUAAUGGAGACAAUUAAAAAGGAAGAAAAUACACUCGUGCAAAACUAUGCGGCUCAGUCCAUAGCCAGACUACUCCAGCAGUGCACAACGAGGACACCCUGUCCCAAUUCAAAAAUUGUUAAAAACCUUUGUAGCUCGCUUUGUGUGGACCCCUAUCUAACUCCUUGUGUUACAUGUCCAGUACCAACACAAAGUGGCCAGGAAAAUUCCAAAGGAUCCAACUCUGAAAAAGAUGGAAUGCACCAUACUGUCACCAAGCACAGAGGUAUAAUCACACUCUACAGGCAUCAGAAAGCUGCCUUUGCUAUCACAAGUAGGCGAGGUCCUACCCCCAAAGCAGUGAAAGCUCAAAUAGCAGAUCUUCCUGCAGGAAGUAGUGGAAAUAUCCUUGUAGAACUUGAUGAGGCCCAGAAACCUUACCUGGUACAACGAAGAGGAGCUGAAUUUGCGUUGACAACUAUAGUGAAGCAUUUUGGUGGUGAAAUGGCAGUGAAGUUGCCACAUCUCUGGGAUGCUAUGGUUGGGCCAUUGAGAAACACAAUUGAUAUAAAUAAUUUUGAUGGAAAAUCUCUCCUGGAAAAGGGAGACGGCCCUGCUCAAGAAUUGGUGAAUUCUCUGCAAGUUUUUGAAAUAGCAGCAGCAUCAAUGGAUUCUGAGCUUCAUCCCUUGUUGGUACAGCAUUUGCCUCAUCUUUAUAUGUGCCUUCAGUACCCCAGCACUGCAGUGAGACACAUGGCUGCUCGUUGUGUGGGGAUCAUGAGCAAAAUAGCUACCAUGGAAACAAUGAGUAUUUUUUUGGAGAAGGUUCUUCCAUGGCUGGGAGCAAUUGAUGACAAUAUCAAGCAAGAGGGUGCAAUUGAAGCACUUGCCUGUGUAAUGGAACAAUUGGAUGUUGGUAUUGUUCCAUAUAUUGUCCUUUUAGUUGUGCCGGUGUUGGGAAGAAUGAGUGAUCAGACAGACAGUGUAAGAUUCAUGGCUACACAGUGCUUUGCAACACUAAUUAGACUCAUGCCACUUGAGGCAGGCAUUCCAGACCCUCCAAAUAUGUCAGAAGAAUUAAUCCAAUUGAAAGCCAAGGAGCGACACUUUUUGGAGCAAUUGUUAGAUGGGAAGAAAUUAGAAAAUUACAAAAUUCCUGUACCAAUCAAUGCUGAACUGAGAAAAUAUCAGCAGGAUGGUGUGAACUGGUUAGCAUUUCUUAAUAAGUAUAAACUUCAUGGAAUUCUAUGUGAUGACAUGGGUUUAGGAAAAACUUUACAGUCCAUCUGCAUUUUAGCAGGAGAUCACUGUCACAGGGCACAGGAAUAUGCAAGAUCAAAAUUAGCAGAAUGUAUGCCACUUCCUUCCUUGGUGGUUUGUCCACCAACAUUAACAGGUCACUGGGUGGAUGAAGUAGGUAAAUUUUGCUCCAGAGAAUAUCUCAAUCCAUUGCACUAUACUGGACCUCCUACUGAAAGAAUAAGGUUACAGCAUCAAGUAAAAAGACAUAAUCUGAUAGUGGCUUCAUAUGAUGUUGUGAGGAAUGACAUAGAUUUCUUUAGAAAUAUUAAAUUUAACUACUGUAUUCUUGAUGAAGGCCAUGUCAUCAAAAAUGGAAAAACAAAAUUGUCAAAAGCUGUAAAACAACUGACUGCUAAUUACAGGAUUAUUCUUUCUGGAACACCAAUACAGAACAACGUUUUGGAAUUGUGGUCAUUAUUUGAUUUCCUCAUGCCAGGAUUUUUGGGGACUGAACGCCAGUUCGCUGCUCGAUAUGGUAAACCUAUAUUAGCAAGUAGGGAUGCUCGAAGCUCCAGUCGAGAACAAGAAGCAGGUGUCCUUGCAAUGGAUGCACUGCACCGCCAAGUCCUACCAUUUCUUUUGAGAAGAAUGAAAGAAGAUGUUUUGCAGGACCUUCCACCCAAAAUUAUUCAAGACUAUUACUGUAAUCUUAGUCCCCUCCAGGUUCAGCUCUAUGAGGAUUUUGCUAAGUCUCGCGCCAAGUGUGAUGUUGAUGAAACAGUUUCUUCAGCUGCACUUUCUGAAGAAACUGAAAAACCAAAGCUUAAAGCUACAGGCCAUGUAUUCCAGGCAUUACAGUACUUACGUAAACUGUGCAACCAUCCAGCAUUAGUCUUAACACCUCAACAUCCAGAGUUCAAGAGUACUACUGAAAAACUGGCAGUUCAGAAUUCUUCUCUUCAUGAUAUUCAACAUGCCCCUAAACUCUCAGCUUUGAAGCAAUUGCUGUUGGACUGUGGUUUGGGAAAUGGCAGCACUUCAGAGAGUGGCACAGAGUCUGUGGUGGCCCAGCACAGGAUCCUGAUCUUCUGUCAGCUGAAAAGCAUGCUUGACAUAGUAGAAUAUGAUCUUCUCAAACCUCACUUACCCACGGUCACUUACCUGAGAUUAGAUGGAAGCAUACCUCCUGGUCAGAGGCAUUCCAUUGUUUCACGGUUUAACAACGAUCCAUCCAUAGAUGUUCUCUUACUUACAACUCACGUUGGUGGCCUGGGGCUUAACCUAACAGGCGCUGACACGGUAGUAUUCGUAGAGCAUGACUGGAACCCCAUGCGUGACCUACAAGCCAUGGACCGGGCCCAUCGCAUUGGGCAGAAACGUGUGGUUAACGUGUACCGAUUGAUAACAAGAGGAACGUUGGAAGAGAAAAUAAUGGGCUUGCAGAAAUUCAAGAUGAACAUAGCAAAUACAGUUAUCAGCCAAGAGAAUUCUAGUUUGCAGAGUAUGGGGACAGAUCAACUGCUCGAUCUGUUUACACUUGAUAAGGAUGGAAAAGCAGAAAAAACUGACACCUCUACUUCUGGAAAAGCAAGUAUAAAGUCAAUUCUUGAAAACCUGAGUGAUCUUUGGGAUCAAGAACAGUAUGAUUCAGAGUACAGCCUGGAAAAUUUUAUGCAAUCUCUCAAGUAACUAUCAAAUGUUGUUAAUGUAAUUGCUGCUAGUUCGGUUACAUUUCUGCUGAUAUUCAGCAAAUUUCAAAGUUUAUACGGUGAACUUUUAGCUCAAUGUGUAAAUAGAUCUGAAGAAUAUUCAGCAUAACGCUGGUUCUUGUUUCACUGGGGGGAACAAGUUAUUCUCACAUAUUUGCACUGUAUUAAAUUUAAAUGUUAAUGUGAAAUGGUUUAGAUUUUACAUGCGGAGCCGAGGAGCCGAACCAGGUUUACACAUGCUGCCACGAGGCGUUCUCACUGGGGCGGGCCUCCUGUCUGCACACGGCACUUCAGUGUGUGGACACGUGCCGUUUUCCUUUUAAAUGGAACUUGUUUUUAUAUAUGAUUAAAAUAGGGCUUUUUUGUAUAAAAGGCCCAAUGAGCCAUAAUUUUAAGAAUAAUGACUAUGAUAAUUGGUCACUCUUGGAACAUGAAAAAUCUUAGACAAUGAAUUGAACCAUGCCCUUGGUGUAAACCUUUAUAUAUUUAAUGCAGAUGCAUAGUGUUUUUCAAAUCUUUAACAUGAUUUUGUCAACUUUUAAAAUAUAUCCACUAUUCUAAACAUAGGUAAUGGUCUAUUUAAGGCUACCAUAAUAACAUCCUAUUAAGAGGGUGUUUUUUUAAUUUAUGUAAUGGCUAGGAUAUAGCCAGAUUCAAAGAACAUAUAUACACAAUAGGUUUCAAUGACAUAUAUAUAUAUAUUUUUUGUAACUAUAAACAUAUACAGUUUUCCAGAAGUAGAUUUUACACUGUUUAGAAUUCCAAAACCUAUGGUGAUAAGACUGUUUAUUGAAGUAAUGCAUGAUUGAAGCAUAAAAGGGAGACAUAAUUCCUUUAUAUGUACGAACAUACAUAAAUAUACAUUUCUAUAUGCACAGACAUACACCCAUCCUGCAUCCAAAAAGGUGCUAGGUACUGAAAUCAUGUAGUCACUAUACUGGGCAGCAAUAAUAACUGGGCCUGAGCUGAUUAACUAGUGUUGAAGAAGUGAGCUCAAGGGUCAGGGUGGGUAUGUGUGUAUAGACGUGCAUGUGUGUCUAUGUAUAUAGUUUUAUAAAUUUCACAAAUUAA